UUCCUGUUUUUGCCAUAUUGUCUUCCCAAAUCAUCAAGCAAGAUGGCAGCCUGCAUAGUCAGUGUAUAGUCAACAGAAUCAGCAAUGCCUGCAGUGCUCUAACUUUCAGGUUUCUGUCUUGCAGUAACACUCUGCGAACGAUAAACCUAGCCAACCUAUUUGCAUAGUCUGGUUUGUAUGCCGAGUUAUUCUCUUACAUUCCGGUAAAUCAUGGAUUUUGGAAGCUUCCUAAGGAGAAAGGAAGCUGAAGGUGGUGGUUUUAGGGCCCCUCCUUUCCCAGAUAACAGCAGAUUGCCAGACGAUCACUUCUCUCACCACAGUGGACAAGAAUUCUCGCACAACCGGGGUCCUUGGCCACAGCCCAGAGAUUUUGAGUCAAACGAUCCUCAACAUGCGGAACAAUUUAAUCCCAACUAUUCUGAUGAUCCUAAUUCUUAUGGAUUUUAUGACGAGUAUGCAGAAGGUGAUUCUAAUGGUGGCUAUGAUGCACCGAGGAGGGGCAGGGAAUUUGAGGAUAGAGAGUGGAAUGAUCAAAGAGGACGUGGCCGUGGCUUUCAAGGAAGAAAAGAUACUGGGGGUCAUCAUCCAGGUAGGGGGAGAGGAGGAAGAGGCAACUUCAUGAGUGGCCAUGUUCCCCCUUUGGACUAUGGGCAUGGAGGUCAAGGAGGGUUUGAAGAGAGUUAUCAUGACUUCCCAGAUAGGUUUGUCACAGAGAGUGCUGAUGCCCUGCCUGUGGGCAGUGAUGGAGGACCACCACAUGGCUUGCCACAAGAAGAAAGAAGGUCUUUUACUCCACGUUGUAUUAAGAAUGCUGAUAACCUUGAACAAUCAGAUAAUACGAAAUCACCACCAACAGCAGCUGGGGACAAACCUAUCGGGAAAGAGGAAGAAUCUGAAGAUGUGAGUGAGCCUGUGAUCUCUUCACAAGCAUCAAGAAGCUUAGCUGCUACUCUGAAGCUUUUAGCUGACUCGGGGGAGCCUGGAAGUGCUGCUAGUGAGACUGAGGUUAAAUCUUCUGCCCCCAAUGACAAGAACUGUAAUCCAACAGAAGAGACACAGAAAGCGUCACAGCAGAACAAAGAUGAGGAUGUAGAUGAAGAGGAAGUUGAAGAUGAUGAAAAGUCCUCCGCUAUCUCGAUGCUUCCGUCCCGUCAUUCGAGGGGGCUUAUGAGCACACUGAUAAGUCUGGCUGGACCAGAGGUGCUUAACAGAAAACCAGAUCCACUGCCUCCUCCUCAGCCAAUGCCAACCGGUGCCACAGCUGAGAAAACAAAAGUGACUGACAACACUCUGUUUGGAGAAGAGAAAUGUGAAGAGCAGAGCUACAGUGAAUUGUACUGCUAUUUGUGCCGAGUAGAAACGACGUCCUUGCACAACUUCAGAGAUCAUUUGAAUGGAAAGCAACACAAAUCUGCAUAUUCGAAGGUCCAAAUGUCCUUGUCGGAAGAGGAUUUGCUUGCUGCUGUUCCUGAUGUUGAAGAGUAUGAAAACCUUCAAGAGUACCUAGAUUGUGGGAUCACCCGGAGCAUGCUCCAGGAAGCAGGGAUAGACGUCACCCAGCUUAUCAAAGAUGCUCAGCUAGACCUCAAGCCUAGUACCUCGAACAAAUCAUCCAAAGCGGACGAUGAAUUAUAUUGUUCAUUGUGUAGAGUUCAGACUACAUCUGUGGGCAACUUCCGAGAUCAUCUCCGGGGGAAAGGUCAUAAAAAUAUGGUUGCAAAGCAUGGAGACAGCACAGCUGCACCCGUAAAGACUAAAAAGGGGACUGUGCCAGCAGGAAAUGACUAUGGAGGAAAAUCUGCUGUUCUCAGCGAGUUACAGUCUAUCAAUGAUCCUAUUUUAGGCUUGUCGUUCAUCACAGAAUAUCACAGCGCAACCCGAGUUGAGUGUGUGUGCAGUUUAUGUGUUGUCAAGUUUGACAUCAACCUUUGCAUCUCUCAUGUGACAGGCAAAAAGCACAGACUGCAUUAUAUGAAAGAGGCGCAUCCAGUUCAUUACGAGCAUUUGAAACAUUUCGGAGGCAAAAAGUCUCAGUUAGGGGCUUUCUUAGAUGAAAUCUGCCCUGAUGUAGAAAAGUCUCAUGGUAGGGGAACUCCAAAAGUCAAGAUCUAUGAAAAGGAAAGUCUGGCAGCAACUCCACAGAUUUUUAAUGAGGAGGAGAAAAGGCUCAACUUGAAUCUAAUUAACAGGAAGCAGCCAGGCAAAAUGAGCUUUGAUAAUUGGGUAACUGAAGAACUGGACAGGGCUCAAGCACCUCAAGGCUCCAAAGAGGCAAAGAAUCCUGACAAUGAGGGAAAAAGUGAUCCAAUUCAAACUGAGCAAGAUAGCAAUAUUGGUCAUGCUGAUGAGCAUUCUGCGGCGGCUCAGGAUCAUGGAAAGGAUUCGGGUGUGCCUUCAGAGACGAAAGACAAAGAUUGGGAGGCAGGUCAGAGGAGUGGACCUCGCCCGUCUAGCCGGGAUUUCCAGUAUCGUGGAAGGGGUACAGGCGUGCCAGCAACGGAUCAUGAUGGCCCCAGGCCUCGUGGUAGACCAGGCCCAGCGAUGGAUUAUGAUGGUCCUCCUGAUUUUCAUUACGAUGAACGGCGCUCUUUUGAACCUCCUCCCAGGAUGGAACCUCAUCCCAGAUGGGAACCUCACCGUGGGCGAGAACUUCAUCCCAGGAUGGAAGGCUUUCCUCCUCCUCCUCCUCCUCUUCCUCCUCCUCCUCCUCUUCCUCCUCAUGACCCUUAUUAUGAUAGAAGACCUCCUUAUAGACCACCAAAUGCAAUUGACUAUGACCCUGUUGGUAUUUAUCCUCCUCGAAGUGACCUGUACAUUGAUCCAUACAAAGACCCAUACAGAGACCCAUAUCGUGACCCAUACCGUGACCCGUACUACCGAGAUCCGUAUCAUCGUCCUCCACCACCACUUCCAGAAAAUUCAGAUCCCAUGGGGCGAUAUGUUAAACUUCCUUCUGAUGACCUAGAUCCAGAUCCUUUGAAGAGAGUUUUGAAACCACCUGCUGAUCCAGUGAAACGGUACCUCGUCCCCCCUUCCAAUGACCUUGACCCAGAUCCUUUAAAAAGGUUUCUUGUUCCACCUUCUAAUGACCUUGAUCCAGAUCCUCUUAAAAGGUUUUCAAAAGCCACCCCUGGCCACCUUAAGCAAGCUCCUGAGAGGCAUGUUGUACCUCCUUCCAGAUACCCUGAAAAAGAGCCUCUAAGAGGUCCCCCAGCAGACAGAAGAAGCAGAAAUGUGAAUGAGGAGACCCGUGUGUUUGACUACAGGCACGCCACCUCCUCAGACAAAGCCAAGUCGUCAGUGCAGCGAACAGCUGAUAAAUGGGAAGAAGACAUUCAAAAUAUUUUGCGCCAGAGUAAAAAAAAAAAGAGUGGAGACUGCUUGUCAAUCCUGAAGAACGCGUACUCCUCUCCCGAGAGCUCUCCGUCUCCUCCGCGAAUCAUCAAGACAUCAUCUCUGAAGGAGAAAGCCACUGAAAACAGAAACCUUCCUUUCUCAAAGUCAUAUUUAGAAACUUUGAAAGCAAAAGAGAAGUCCACUUCAAAGCCCGAUGAGAGAAGAAACAGAGACUCUCCUUCAUCAAGGAGACGGGAGACUGGUAAAACUGACAGGUCCAAGGAUCGGGAUGCUGCGGAGUAUAAAAGAUAUCGUGACUCCUGGAGCCCAAGCUCAAGAAAAAAGAGAAGAUACUCAUCGAGGAGCCCAAGCCCAAGAGGGAAGGAAGCGAUGUCGUCAAGAGGCUCUAGUCCACCCAGACGUCAGAGAAACAGCCCUGUACGUCAUAAAGAGUCUGGUAGGCCUCGGUCUAGAAGUCCGAGGUCAUCCAAAGGGAAGUCUCCAAGUCGGUCAGAGCGAAGAAAACUUCCUUUUGAUUCGCAAAGAACUGAAGUUUUGCACAGUCGCCUUCAAGGGCCAGAUCGCCUCUCUAGCCCGUCUCAGUCAAAGUCACGGAAACUGAAGGAUAAUGAAGGGAUUCAUCAGCAGAAGAUAGCAAGUCCAGAAUCUCAAAACUUGCACUCGAGACAUAGAUUGCCUCCUCAAGACUCACCUCCAGGACGUGAAGAGCAAGCUGGCCCAUCCACUUCUCAUGAAAGAAAGUCAAAAAGUGGUGAUGGCAAUGCCCAAGGCAAGGGAAACUCAGCUGAUGAAAGAAUGUUGGCAGGUCUAGAGGAUGAGGAUGAAGAUGCACAAGCUGAGGCUAUUGCCAUGAAGUUGCUAGAAAUGUCAAGUGCAAUAGGAAAAAAUUUGGAUCCGAAUGCAGCUUUGCAGGCACUGAUUGCAAAUCCAGAAGUAGCAAAUGCCCUUCUGUCUGCAAGAUUGAAACCAAAACAAGUGCCGGAAGCCCAAAGAGCUGGAAGUUCAGGUCCCGCCCCUCCAGGUUCAGCUCGCAGCAAGUCACCCUCUAGCCCCGCGAGACGUCCCAGUCCACCACAAAGGAAGCCAGCUCGUCCACUGAGGGAUAGAGUUGUGUUUGGCUUCUCUGAGUCUGCUAGAAUGACAAGUCGCCCACUUCCUAAUGCUCUCUCUGCCACUUUUGGUGAUGAUGAUGAUGAUGAUGAAUAGGAUUGAAUGUAUAUCCAAGUUUUUUUGUUGUUUUUUUUUAAAUAAAAGUGAAGAGAGUGGUGAAGAUGUCUGAAUUAAAAUGUUUGAGUUUGAGAAGUAAAAUUGAAGAGAGAUGUAGUGUGUACAAGAAAGCUGUAUCUAUCUAUAUUGUAUAUAUAUUGUUUGUACAUAUAUUUGCCUACUGAUUGAAGUAUGUCCACUUUGUUUUCAUUUUAUGUAUGUCAUACAUGAUGUAUUUGUUACUGUGGCAUCGGGAUGGAGUUGCAUUUCAUGAAUUUUGUAGAUGACUAGUUACGGUCUGGCACUAGGCCAAGACAAAAAAAAGUGCAUCUCUGUUUUUGAUUGUUGGCCUUCCAUCACUUACAGCACUAGCUGUUGUUGGGCCAGACUUAAUCCUACAUCAUCAUAAUGGCAGUGAGGAAAAAAAGACAUCUAGACAUCUUCUCUUUUGAUGCUGAAUAGAUUUCUAAAUUUGGAAAAUCCAACAAGAGCUAAAAAAUCAAUAUUAGCUAUCAGCACGGCAUUACUCCAAUUUUUAGACUUUGUACUUUGUUCCUAUGUAAUUUAUGAUUACUCUACCUCUUAUAUUCCCUGACAGUGCAUUCCUUACCUUCAGUUUGUUGUUUGAGUAAAGAGAAGCACACAAUAUUGGUCAGUUAGUAGUUAGUGCAAGGAAAAGAUAAGACGGACUGACAGAAACAGUUCAGUGUCCUCAGUCUCAACAAACUCAGUCAUCUCUGACCGUAUAAUGCAUUUGUGUUAUCGCCAUUAUAUAAUCAUUAUUAUUAUUAUUGUCUUACGCCCCUCAGAAGCUUUGGUCACUAUGAGUAGUAUACAAGAACAGCGAAUGACUCUAGAGUUAAAAUGCUAGUAAAAUGCUCUAGUUAUUUCAUUUUGACUGUGAACAGUCAGACCUCCUUGCGGUCCCAGCUUCAAAUGCCCUUAGAUCAAGAAAGAGGUAUGCUUAAAGUUUUCCUCGUUUGCAUACUGAUACUGAUAAGCCUCACCAUCCUGAGAUUAUUAAGAUAUUCUUUUAUAAAGCUAAAUUUUAAAUACAGUGGAAUCCACUCAAACCGAACACAGUUAAUCCAAAAACAGCAGUAAACAGAAUGAAGAUGAAACUAUUUUUGAAUCCCUCAAUUUUUUUCCUUCUAUAUAUGAGUAUUUAUGAGCAACCUUUUUGAAAAGAAAACCCACCUAAACUGAGAAAAUCUGGCUCUCCUGCAGAUUUCGGUUUAAGGAGAUUCCACUGUACAUAGUAAAGCAAUGAGAUUACUGCUUUGUGAGUAUGAGAUGAGUAUAAUAUAAUUAUGCUGAGGAGUGUAGUUCGUGACUUGUAACUGAAGAGUGCUUGACUGAAACUGAAAAGCUUUGAAGUUCAGUGUGAUUUACACUUGUUGUCAUGCCACUGUUAUUUAUUCAACUAAAUAUCUAUUGUGGUCAUUACCAUGUUGAAACUCUGUUAAUACUUCUGUCAAAUAAAGUGUUGAAUUCAUGUGUAAGAAAGAG